GAGACAUAGCUGGGCUAUAUUGACCAUCAGGGGAGUAAGAGGAAAGGGUUCAGGAAAACUUAUAAAGUGCAAGAAGUUUCCUCUUCAGAAUCAUCAUCAAUUCACUCUCAGUCUCAUCAUCACAACAAACUUCAAGAAAACAACUUUUUCUUUCACCAAAAUAAUUACACAAAAUCCUUCGUCAACAUGUUUUUCUCAAGAAUUAGCACCAUAGUCAGCAUGACUGCCCUAUUCGCAUCUGCCCUCGCAAUGCCUACAACCCUUACAUCUCGACAAGAUGCUAUCUGCAGCAGCGGUAAUCCCCAAUGCUGCGACGUUGAUGUCCUUGGUGUAGCUGAUCUAGACUGCGAGGCUCCACCAGCUGCAUACACAGAUAUUAAAUCUUUCAGUGAUGUCUGCGCCGAUGUUGGAAAAAUCAACAUGUGCUGCGAUCUUCCUGUCUUGGGCCAAGGUCUUAUUUGCAGUUCUCCAGAUAAUUCAUAGAGGAUUCGCGAAAUUCUAUGCUUGCGCUUAAUCUGGAUGUUGAGGAUUUUUGGAUCUCACAGAUCUGAAAGAUCCUUGAUCCUAAGAUUAAGUUGCUCCUGAAUUUUCAUGUAUUACAGUUUAGAUGAUGGGGUUGCGGAGACGGAUUGUUGGUUGUUGAUUUUUACUUUUAUCUGUAUUCUUGACUUUGUUUCGACCACUUUGGACACACAAUGUACGAUGUGUUUAAAUUACGCGAGCGAACUCAGUGUGUCACAGGAAGGAGUACCAGCUUAGCAACUAGCAAAUACAAUUUGUUAUUUCUCA